ACUCUCCUGGAUUUGGGUCAAAAUCCGAAUUGCAGAGAUUGGCAGGGACUUACACCCCUCUACUACGCCGUUUCAACCGAUAUUUCCGCUCGGUGCACGCAUGCUCUCCUCUAUGAUCACGCGAUCAUAGGUGUUAAAGACGAGCAUGGAUUCGAAGAGAUUCACCAAGUGAGUUCAUCUAAAAUCAGCCUUUAA